AUGGUGUACUGUGCGGAUGGCAUACGCUUCUUUGCCGGGGUCCCCAUCAAAGCGCUGCAGGAGCACUUGUUUGACACGAAAAGCGAGCAUCAAGGGUCUUUCCAUGGGGCAUGUGCUGCCCUGCCAGAGAUGUCUCCCAUUUCUGUGUUCGAGCUCGGUGGAUUUGUCACGACGUUGCAAGCCAAUCAGGUCCUUGAGAUACCGCCCGGCUAUCUAUGCGCUGAGGCCCUCUUGACAGAUACGAGCACAAUCGUCCACUGGACAACGCUGCGCCCGAUUCAGCAAGACUUGCAGGAGUUCGGGGUGCAGGUAGAUGUGGCCCGCACCAUCAUAGAGCACGACAAGGCAAACCUCCCCGCAGACAAGCGCCCGACCCUCGAUGUUUGCGCCGCUCAAGUCCAGGGGGCAGCGAUUGUUCGGCUUUGGGCAGAACAGAAAUCGCGAGCACUCGAGGAUUGCCUUGAGGGGCCAGGCCUGCGAAAUCUGGUGACUUUGUGGGCGGUCAAGAAGUGGAUCGCCGACUCAGAUGGGCAUAGGACGGUAGAGCAGUUCGCUCGGCAUUUGGCCGGCCUCAUUGCUCAGAAUCGUGUUCUGGUGCCAUGGACAGAAGUCUUGGCAGCAGCCGGGAUUGAGGACAACAGUGAACCAUCAAGGAUGCUGCUAAGUGCUCUUCGCCCAUCCGUGAGCAGCCAGAUGCAGAUGGAUGUUCCAGACAGUUUGAACAUCAUACGCUCUUUGUUGCCAACGCCGCAGACAGCUGCACGGGGUCAGAGUGCGACGGCAGCACACCCAGCAGCGCCGACACUGAAGCACACAUCGAAGCCUAGGGUUAGGGAAGAGGGAGAGAACACAGAAUCGGCCCAAGCGGGCCCGAGUCAAAAGAAGAGAAAGCAAAAGCCAGAACCGGCACAUUCACAAGAGGUCAACCCGCCACAUGAUCCUUCCAGCCAAACCCAGGCCCCACAGCCGACUGAGACUACUGCCCCUGCUGUUUCACCCGAGGCCGAUCAUGCUGCCGCUGCGACACCUGCCACCAGUGCCAUUGAUCACGCAUCACAGGCGCAUGCUGCGGCUGCUGCUUCUGCUGACACAGUUGUGUCAAGUCCGCUUCCGAAGCCGUCCGUACCGCAGGCAGGCACCCCUCCGACCCCCGUCACGCCCCAGGAACGAUCCGAGGCAGAGAUUGCAUUGGCUGAAAUGCGAAAGCGACUUGCUGCCACAGGUGGACACCGCUUUCAAGAGGCUACCGAGGAUAUUGAGAAUGCCAGGAAACGCCAAAAGCUUGGAUCCCCGAAAUCCCCGACGGCCCCGACACAACCGCCACAAGGUUCGCGAGGGCUUCCGAGUGGUAUCUUGGACGAUGAUCAUGAAGACGAGACGGCUGACCUCACAGCGGCCAUCGCAAAGCCGAGCGAGGGCACAGGCGGCGGCGGCGGCGAGAAGGUUGGACCCUCAGAGUCUUCGUCUGGAGAAGACGAAGAUUCAGAUGAUGACGAUGACGAAAAGACGGACUCCUACGAGAACGGUGACAGUCCAGAUCGUGACGCGGUACUCGCAUCAGCAUUGUAG